AUGGUGACGCCUCGCCACAAGAUCAAGAAGGCCGACCCCGAUAGCCUCGAGGAGUCCGUGGCCACGGCUCUGUACGAGCUGCAGGUCAGCUCCGAGAAGCUGAAGGCUUCCCUCCGCGAGGUGCAGAUCUGCGCCGCCAAGGAGGUCGACAUCGGUGAGGGCCAGCGUGCCGUCCUGGUGUUCGUGCCCGUCCCCCAGCUGCCCUUGUACAAGAAGAUGAUCAAGGAGCGCAGCCUGAUUGACGAGCUUGAGAAGAAGUUUGCCAACAAGCAGGUCGUCAUCAUGGCAGAGCGCAAGAUUGUGCGAAAAGAGUCGCGCAACACCCGCCAGCUGAAGCAGCAGCGUCCCCGCAGCCGAACUCUGACGGCCGUGCAUGAGGCCAUCCUCGAUGAUCUCGUGUACCCCCACGAGAUCACCGGCAAGCGCAUCCGCUUCCGCCCCGAUGGUUCCCGCCUGCACAAGGUGCACCUGCACAAGGACAGCAACACCUCCCAGGAGCGUCUUGAUACCUUCGUCAAGGUCUACAAGACCCUGACUGGCAAGGAUGUUGUCUUUGAAUUCCGCAACUAAGAAUUGACCGGUCGGAGCCUUGUCUCGAUCUGCAAAAGAU